AAAGGCGCGAUGCAGUCGAAUGCUGAGGAAUCCAUCCAUUGCUACCUAUAAAAGCGACCAACCCACUGAUCGCCCUCCACUACCAAAGAACAACACACAACUCGGUCUCUAGUUGAAAAGCUAUAGCCAUGGCGGAGGAGAAGGAGCUGGUGCUGCUCGAUUUCUGGGUGAGCCCGUUCGGGCAGCGGUGCCGGAUCGCCAUGGCGGAGAAGGGGCUGGAGUUCGAGUACCGCGAGGAGGACCUCGGCAACAAGAGCGACCUCCUCCUCCGCUCCAACCCCGUCCACAGGAAGAUCCCCGUCCUCCUCCACGCCGGCCGCCCCGUCUCCGAGUCCCUCGUCAUCCUCCAGUACCUCGACGACGCGUUCCCCGGCACCCCCCACCUCCUCCCUCCGGCGAACUCCGGCGACGCCGACGCCGCGUACGCGCGCGCCACGGCGAGGUUCUGGGCGGACUACGUCGACAGGAAGCUCUACGACUGCGGGUCCAGGCUGUGGAGGCUCAAGGGUGAGCCGCAGGCGGCGGCGGGGCGCGAGAUGGCGGAGAUCCUCCGCACGCUGGAGGCGGAGCUCGGCGACCGGGAGUUCUUCGGCGGCGGCGGCGGCGGCAGGCUCGGGUUCGUCGACGUCGCGCUCGUGCCGUUCACGGCGUGGUUCUACAGCUACGAGAGGUGCGGCGGGUUCAGCGUGGAGGAGGUGGCGCCGAGGCUGGCGGCGUGGGCGCGGCGGUGCGGCCGGAUCGACUCCGUCGUCAAGCACCUCCCCUCGCCGGAGAAGGUCUACGACUUCGUCGGCGUCCUCAAGAAGAAGUACGGCGUCGAGUAGAUCGGUGGAUGCGAAGUUGCAGGGAUCGAUUGGCGGUUGCGUUCGCUACGUGAACGAUUCGUCCGUUGUUUCAGUGGCCAAGUGUGUGUGAGUUUGUUGUUACCGUUGAGUGCUUGUGUGUGGGAUGGUUGGUGGCAGCAGAGAGUUGCCUCCGAUUCUCUGAGAUUGUCACUAAAUAAAGUUUGUCCUUUGAAACUAAAAAAAGUUGGCUUUGGUUAUGCGGA